AUGGCUAUGCAUGAUUUUAUCGAAAAAACAAAGUGUGGUAGUAUAUCAACAAUAGCUUGCCACCGAUUCUUCAAGGCCAAGAAUCGCAAAAUGGGUGAUGUUUUUGAUCCAUACCAACCCGUUUAUAAUUCGAUUUUUCUUUUUAAUAUGACGACACCGAUCGUUAAUUUUAAAUUUGCGAAUGUCGAUUUCUCGCCUCCUCAAAGAACAUUAAACCCAAAACAAAUAAUAAGAAUCAUGAUUAGGAGGGCGGCCAGAAAAAAAUGGGGGAAUAGAAUAAAAGCCAUUCGAAAGGUCAUACCACGCGAUCGGGAUGUUUUCAAUGAUGAUAAUCGAAAGCCACCUUAA